CCUUCUCUCUGACUCCUGUCCUUUCCUUCCUUAGAACCAGGGGUCUGGGCCUCAUGUUUGAACUUUCCCCUCCUCUGAAUUUGACUCCUACUGCUGCGUCAGGAAAAAAAACCCAACAGGUGGCACCUGCCGGCAGGGUCCGAACGCGACCACCUGCUGCUGUAGCUCACCCGGGUCCCUCUCCCUGCACCUGCUCCUGUCUGUCGCCUGUGGCUGCCCCACCCAACCCAACAGCCCAGGACGCGGGGGAGGAGACAGUAGGGGGACCCUCGGAUGUGAACCCGCCCUGAUCCUCCCCGCGUGUGUGCCCGCCCCUUCUCCGGGCCCUGACAGGGUUUCUGACCCAAGGCCGGCUCCCCACGCUCUCACUUGCCCCAGAAGGGGAGUCGAGGGCGGCCCUAGGCUGGUGGGCGGAGCCUGAGGUCUCCAGGCCAGUCCGGGAGACUCCACCCGCUUCAAGGCACAGCUGAGUAGCUGAGCGGAGCCCACCUGGAUUCAGAGUCCCGACGACUGCUUCCUGCCCUUUCAAAGACCCCGAGGUCCAGAUCCCAAUGCUGUCCUUAGGAUGCAGGAGUCCAUGACUCAUCCUUCCUCCACCACCAAGGUUUCCACCCCAGCUUUGGCAAUGACCCUGGCAGCCUCCUCCCAGCGCUCCCAAAUCAUCCGUUCCAAGUUCCGCUCUGUCCUGCAGCUUCGGAUCCACAGACGGAAUCAAGACUGUACCUCUGAUUCAGAUCCAUGGAUCUCAGCCUCAGGCCCAUCUCUGGCUCCGGCUUUGCCCCCUGCUCCCGCUUCUUUCCUUGUCAGCCCUGGCAUCUUGUCCCCUGAACCAGCAUAUUGUUCUUGGAGGUCUCCAAAGAAGGAAUCUUCCAAGAACUCCCAACACUGGAAGGAGCCCAAGGUCAGGGGGAAUUUGACAUAUCAUCUGUACAUGCCUCCAGAACGGAGACAAGGGCCUAGGGAAGAUCUCCAAGCAGAGGGGUCAACCCUGGGUCCCCCAGGGCCAUCACUGUGGGAGGAGAAAAACUCACAGAGGCCACACCCUCGGAUGAAGCCCUCCUCACCAGGAAACUCCAGGCCCUCACCCCCUUCACACAAGCUGGAACUUCAGACCCUUAAAUUGGAAGAGCUGACGGUCUCAGAGCUUCGGCAGCAGCUGCGCCUACGGGGACUCCCAGUCUCCGGGACCAAGUCGAUGCUUCUGGAGCGCAUGCGCGGUGGCGCUCCGCCCAGAGAACGGCAGAAGCCCGGGCGUGAGGACAAAGAGGCUGCGACUCCCUGGCCGCGACUUAGGCCUAAGGCUCCGGGGCAUACCCGGAGACCCGGCAAGGUAAAGACAAGUACAACGACUAGUGGGCUGCAGUUUUCUGGAGCUGCGGAUCCCCUGGGGGCAGCUCCAGCUCUCGCUCCCGCGCCCGUUCAGGCUCCCGCUCCCGCGCCCGUUCAGGCUCCUACUCUUCCAACUCCCUUUCCAACAUCUUCUCCAGCCAGCCUGACUCUGGAGGAAGAACUGCAGGAAGCGAUCCAUAGGGCGCAGCUGCUUCCGAACCGGGACAUCGAUGACAUCCUGGAAGACCAAGUGGAACCAGAUGACCUGCUGCCUCCCAUCCCCUUGGACUUCCCUGGCUCGUUUGACGUGCUGUCUCCCUCCCCGGACUCGGAUGGUUUCUCUUCCGUUUUCUCUUCUUCACUUCCAUCCCCCACAAGCUCCCUGUCCCCUUCUCCAAAGGCACUUACAGAUUCCUUGGACUGGCUGGAGGCCUUGAGUGGCGGCCCACCGCUGGACUCUGGGCCUCCAGGGCCCAGCAUCUUCUCUGCGGACUUAUCUGACCCCAGUGGCUCUCGUCUUUGGGAACUGCUGCCAGAUGCAUGAUGAAGGACCCUGGGGUUUCCCAGGAGAGGUCAUCUGCCCCCACAAAGACCCUCCAACUACAGAGCACUCAAGACUCAAGAUACCCAUAUCCCUCCUGGCCCACUGCUGCUGAUUUGUCAAAUGCCUGGACCUGCCUACCUGGCCUCUGUGUGACACCCCACCCCAGCCCACACCCCACCCCUGUCUGUGCAGUUAAGGGUGGGAAUUCCUUUGCUACUGCCCAGUACAAACAAGCUUCCUGCCUCCUUCAGAGCCCUGCAGGGUGUGUGUGCCACUUCCUCCAGAUGUGCCUGUCAACUGGGGAUCUGAAAGUUUGUGCUGUUUGGGUUCAGGAAAGGAUGGGGCAGUGGAGUAGAAGGAAGGCAGACCCCUGAGUUCUAGAUAGAGGUGAGAGAAUCAGAAGCUCCUAGUGGGAGGUGUCUGUGAACUCCCUGUGACCUUGAACCUAUGAGUGUUGUGAUUAUACCUAGCUUUCUUUUUUGUUUGUUUGUUUUUUUUUGUUUUGUUUUUGAGAGGAAGUCAUACUAUGUAGUACAGACUGGCCUCUAACUUGUGACAAUCCUCCUGCUUCAACCUUUUGACUGCUGAAAUUAGAGAUGUGAGCCAACAUACCCAGCUCUCAUGGUUUGUUGAAGGGCUUCCAGGGGCCAGGUGGGGAAAGGAAUGGCCAAAGAGGAGCUAGAAUGUGACCUCAGGUUCACCUCAUGCCCGGAGGAUGUCUGCCUGGUGAAUUAAACUGCGGGUCUCCUUGAGCUUAA